CAGCGGGGCGGCGGGCUGUGAGCGCCGAAGUACAGAGAGCGGCCCAAAAAACUCGGUUUUGUGGUAAAGCGGGUGAAGCUCGGCAGGGCGCGUUUGUGUAUCGGCUUUCGGAGCUUCAGCCUCCGGUGCUCUUUGGAUGUAGUUAGUGGUGGCCGCGCUGGGGCUCUAUAGCGGUCCUACCUAUCUUAAAAGCGCUCAGGAUGUAGUAUUUCAAUGAGCAUUUACUGCUGAAGGAGUGUUGAGAAAGGGGCCUGUUUUUAAGGGUGUUCUUAUCAAUGCAGUAAUUGAGGAAGGGUGAAACUACAAUGCCUCGGCAGCUUUAAGAUGUCACAGAGCAUCUCAAGGCUUAUUAUACAGGAUGGAAAUUGUCAGUGAUGCAGCAAACAGGAACAGAGGUGUCUGUGAGAGAGCACGCAGAAGCUGUAAGGAGUGCAGUGCGAAUUAACCACAGCCAGUUUUCUUUGUGGAAGAGAAGCAAAUAGAAGGUCAUGGGAAAACUUUAAAGUUCUUGGGAGAUGAAAGGAGGAGAUCUGUUCUCAGUAUGAGAUCCCAUUUCUGAUUCCAACCCGUAAAGAAGACAAGCCUCAGGAACUGCCAGAAAUGAAUGGGAAUACAGAAGUGCCCCAUUCCUAUGACUAUGACCUCAUUGUCAUCGGUGGAGGCUCAGGCGGUCUGGCUGCUGCCAAGGAGGCAGCCAAGUAUGAAAAGAAAGUGAUGGUCCUAGACUUUGUAACACCUACGCCUCUGGGAAAUUCAUGGGGUCUUGGAGGAACAUGUGUAAAUGUGGGCUGUAUACCAAAAAAAUUGAUGCACCAGGCAGCUUUACUGGGACAAGCCUUGCAAGAUUCACACAAAUUUGGAUGGGAGUUUACAGAAGAAGCAGUCAAACACAACUGGAUGACUAUGACAGAAUCUGUUCAGAAUUACAUUGGCUCACUGAAUUGGGGCUAUCGGGUAGCUCUGAGAGAGAAGAAAGUCACAUAUGAGAAUGCAUAUGGAGAAUUUGUUGGGCCACACACAGUGAAGGCAACGAAUAAAAGAGGAGUUGAAAAACUGUACACAGCUGAGAGAUUUCUCAUUGCCACUGGUGAAAGGCCACGCUACCUGGGUAUCCCUGGAGACAAGGAAUACUGCAUUAGCAGUGAUGAUCUUUUCUCCCUGCCUUACUGUCCAGGGAAAACCCUGGUUGUUGGAGCUUCCUAUGUUGCCUUGGAAUGUGCAGGAUUUCUUGUAGGUCUUGGAUUAGAUGUCACUGUAAUGGUGAGAUCCAUUCUUCUAAGAGGAUUUGACCAGGAUAUGGCAAACAAAAUUGGUGAAUAUAUGGAAGAGCAUGGAAUCAAAUUUAUUAGAGAAUUUGUUCCAAUCAAGGUUGAACAGAUUGAAGAAGGAACUCCUGGAAGACUGAAAGUUACAGCCAAGUCCACAAAAGAUGACCAAGUCAUUGAAGAGGAAUACAAUACUGUGUUGCUAGCAAUUGGAAGAGAUGCGUGUACAAGAAAAAUUGGUUUGGACAAAGUUGGAGUGAAAAUCAAUGAAAAAACGGGAAAAAUACCUGUCGAUGACAUGGAGCAAACAAACGUGCCAUAUAUUUAUGCUAUUGGAGAUAUACUGCAGGACAGGCUGGAACUCACACCAGUGGCAAUCCAGGCAGGAAGACUGUUAGUUCGAAGGCUUUAUGCUGGGUCAACCAUUAAGUGUGACUAUGUGAAUGUUCCCACCACAGUGUUCACUCCUUUAGAGUAUGGAGCCUGUGGAUAUUCUGAAGAGAAUGCAAUACAGAAGUUUGGGGAAGAAAACAUUGAGGUGUACCAUAGUCAUUUCUGGCCACUGGAAUGGACUGUACCAUCCAGAGACAACAAUAAAUGCUACGCAAAAAUCAUUUGCAAUAUUCAAGAUAAUGAGAGAGUCAUUGGUUUCCAUGUCCUCGGUCCAAACGCUGGAGAAGUCACGCAAGGCUUUGCGGCAGCUAUGAAAUGUGGAUUGACCAAAGAACAGCUGGACAGCACCAUAGGAAUUCAUCCAGUCUGUGCAGAGGUAUUUACCACUCUGUCCAUCACCAAGCGUUCUGGUGAAAGUACCCUUCAGUCUGGUUGCUGAGGUUAAAGACCCCCAUUGCUGUUAUUGCCAGAGACUGACUUUCAUCGCUAUGGCUGACUUGCACAACUCAGAAGAAAGAUUUUGAAAGAAGUCAUCAUCAGAUGACUGCAGAAACCUUUAUGUUUCAGGCAGAGCACUCCACACUCCUGAGGAGAAGAACAAAAUGGGAGUUAGCCACCAGUGGUGAUUGACUGGCAAUCAACAAUGCAGUGGGCACAUUGACAGUCCAGCUGAUGUUUAGCAGGGCAUUUUGCACAUGCUUUCAUGAAAUCACAGCCUGAACCCUGCACUGUCUGGUGGGCAGUGAUGGAAGAACUGCUGGCACAGCUGAACAACAACUUUAUUUUUUUUCCUCUUUAGUUUGCUACUUGAACAAAGAACCAUCCUAACUCAAGAAUGUCACCGCAAGUUCAGACAACUGUGUUUGGAGUUAUAACACUGCAAUUGCAAAUUCUCCUUACGGGCAUGCAUUUUUACCAAUGACUGUUGCAUGCCAACGUUGGGGAUAUUAUCUGCAUGUUUGGUUAUGAGGAAGGAGGUAUCACUGGAAAAAAAAGAAAAAAAAAAAGUGCUGUCUACAAUAAUGACUCGUUGCUUCCAAGUGGACUGCUAUGACUGUUUAUUUGAGAAAUACUUGUUUCUGAAAAUAUUACUAAUGAGAAAGAAAAUAGUUUUUAUUAAGGCCUUGCUAUACAGAAUUUUUUUUUUUCCUGAUAGUAAUAACCUUGCAUAUAACACAGAAGUGACCUCUGUAGCUUUAUCUUGCGGUUUACAAGAUUAUAAAUAGUCCAGUUUGAAACUGAUUGAAUUCCAAUUUGGAUUGAAUUAUAUUUCAAGAGCACGACAUAGCUUUAUUCAGUUUGGAUAAAUUCUUCCUCUUCAGGUGUGCAGUGGUGUACCGCACGCUUUCAAAUCUGAUCUGGCCAUUUGCACACAGUGAUAUUGAGGCUUCCUUCACAUUGAUGGGGUGAUCAAAACCAAGCUGCCAAAAAAAAA